AUGGAUGGCGCUGGUGGUAAUCCAAGUGGUGGAAGCGGUGGUUUCGAUCCAUGUGAAUGCGUUAAUAUGCUUCAAAUGAACCACGAACAUGCUAUGAAUCGUUUGACUAAUAUCCUUCGCAAUGCACAGACAACAUGUACUGAUACUGAAUGUUUUACUGGUCCAUUACCGGGUCAACCGAAUACCGGUGGUAAUACAGGGAUGUCUAAUAUGUAUUUAAUCAUAGCUAUAUGGCUUGCUCUUGCAUUUUUACUUUUCAUAUUUCGUCCACGUACACUUCGAAACAAUCGUGAUCAUCCGGGCAAACCAAAUAAUCAAGGUCCACAUCGUGACAAUCAAGAUCCACCAGGACCAGAAGUAUAUUAG